AUGGACUUUGACAGCUCUCAACUUGGACCAGACAUCGACGAAUUUCUCAACAACCCGGAUUUCCCAGCACAUUUUGACGAGUUGGAGUUAGAUAGCUUGCUCUAUGAAGAAAGUGCAUCGCAAGAGUCCAGUCCAUCGUCUUCAUUCGGGUUCAGUGAUGAAAAUGCUGGAUUUCGGUCCAGAGAUGGUGGAAGUCUUGGGGAUUCGUCGUCAUCGGAUAGUUCUCCACCACUGAGCUGCACCAAUUUCACCGAGAAUGAUCAGGAAAUGUGGGAGUUUGGAUUUCAGAAUCCCAAUCCGUUCGAGAACUUCGACCAACGCUUCGACCAAUCAUAUCAGCAGCAAGAAGAAGUAUUCGACGAUCAGCACGGCGAGUAUCAAGAAGUACAAUAUGACCAAGAAGUACAAUACGAUCAGGACGUUUUAUGCGAUCAACAGAUACAAUACGUGGAGGAAGAAAAAAUUCAGUCAGAAUUCCAGCGCCCAAAUAAGAUAAUUGCUAUUCUUCCAAGACCACAACAAAUCAAACGAGUGAUUACCAAACCGGUGCACAAGAUCUAUCGAGUGAAGGAGAGUGAGCAUCAGCAAGUGCAGCAACAUCAUACCACGUACAAGGCUGUUCCAGUUGCAAGUUUUUUUUUUGAAAUUUUUUAUGGUUAUUCCCGUUGCGUCCAUCCAUCCCCUCGGCCUCCACCACCAACUGUCAGAUAUUCGAAUAAUUUGCCAAUUCAACCAAAACAAGGCCAAUUAACAAGAAUUGUCCCAGCUCGAGUAUCUGCUCAAACAGUAUCACCUCAAAAAAGAGAAGCUAAACAGCCUGGUUUCACUCAAGAUCAGAGAAAAAUUCGUAACCGAAUGUACGCUCAAGCAUCACGUAUCCGCAAACGAGAGGCUGAGGAAGAGAUGAAGAGAACUAUUGAGGAGCUGACCACUGAAAAUGAUAUCUUGAGGAAUGAAAAUACAAUUUUGAAACAGCGUCUAGCCUACUAUGAGCCAGAAACACCGACCUAUGAGUAUUCACCCAUGGAGAAAAGAUCACAAGUUAGAAAGAAGAUGAUGGCAGCGGGUACUGUACUUAUGAUAUUUGGCCUUUUUGCUGUCAUCUCUCCAUUCAACGUUGAAAACACUCUUCAUGUGAAGCCCCAAAUUAUCGCAAUCCCGAAUGAAACUGUCAUGAUGGCUCGUCACAGCAGAGUACUUAUUGCAGAGGAAGCUCCGCCAGUUUCCAAAUUGCCUCAUCACACUGUCCACAACUACCCGAAUUCCACUCAAACCGAUUGUGAAAUGUACAAGCUGAAUGCUACAGAAACUAGAAGAGUUAACAGCGAAAUCGAGCGAUGGGUGCAAGUCCACUCAUUCGACAAUGUUCCUAUUCAGCACAGCGGUGGACUUUUCAACAAGGAAGCUAUGCGGAAAUUCAACGAGGCACGGAAACAGAAAAAUCCGGUUGCGUUCGGUCCGGAAACACUUCAAGCCAAAAAGAAAUCAGAGAAGGCGGCUCAGCAAUUCAGAGAAAGGACUUGGCUCCAGUUGGAUCAGUUGAACACAGCCAACAAAAUCGGCGUGAAAAAUGAAAAAGUGGAAAAUAAGAGUCAGGAUAUCGCAAAAAUCGCAUCGAUCGUCCGUCAAAAACGAGAUACUCUGUAUAUCAUGGCUCUUCAAGAUUACGUCCUUCUGCCCUCACUUACUAAAGGAGGCAACACAAUUCCGAAAUUGUCCUUGCUUCUGCCCAGUGAUCAGAAGCAAGGAAAAAUAAUGAAAAAUGACACAAAUUCCGAAAAAAUCAAAGAAAAUAAAAAAAAGCUCAAAAUUUGCAUCAUGACGGUUACGUAUACACUACUACGAGUCGACUGCGAAGUGACCGGAACCGGACGUUUGACCCUUUCCAACAAACAACUCUCAUAUUUGAUGCCGUAA